GCGGCAGUGUCGACAUGGCGGGGCUCGGGAGUGGGAGUUUCGGGCUUGCCAAUAAUGUGACGCAAAACAAAUCGUAUAUGCACAUGAAGUUGACGGACUCUGCCUUCAAGUCGAUCGAGGAGUACCUGCGCAUCAAGAACACCGCCGCGAGCCCCAAGAUUUCCUUCCGAGGCAGUGAAGGGGAGAUUGUAAUUCCCAGUCGCAACAAUGGCUCCUCCAAGUUCAACUUUUCCCUGCAACCCAUCCAGGAGAUUGAUGGGCCUCAGGGAAGCUUUGAGUUCAUCAAGCAGUUCAGCUCCAGAACCCUGGAAUCACUGGGACCCAUGGUGGCCAAGCUGUGGAUUCACGCUAAGGAUGACUCCUACGAGAAGACGAGAAAGAGUAUGGAGAACGCCCAGAAGCAGGGAAAAAUGAACUGUGUGAAGGAAGUAAAGAAUUCUGCCAGCCCGUUUGUGCGUCAGCGGUCGUCACAUGCCAAGAUGAACACCCCUGUAGUGCCCCCGAAGAAGAAGGAAGUAGUGGCAGAGCUCGCUUCCAAUAAGUUCAACUCCAGCAACUCCUCCACCUCUCCACAUAGAUCACAAAGUGGCGCCAUGACUGCAAACUCUCUGCUCUCAGGCAAACCUCCUCCUCCACCUCCCCGAAAUGCCAAUGGUAGAAAAACCAACCCCGAUCUGGUGCGGAGGCCCCUGAGGCAAAGGAUAAUCCAACUGCUGGCUGUCAAGAAUUAUAAAAGACUGGAGCUCUUCAACAGCUUGCUUAAUGAUGGGGUUAAGGAGAAAGACCGGCGCCAAAUGACAAGUGUGUUGAUGAGUGUAUCGCAGGUCAAGGAGAACUUACAUCACCUGUCCCGGCAUUUGUGGAGUGAGGUGCACGAGGACUGGCCAUUCUACACAGAGCAGGAGAAGGAGGCAGUUAAGAGAAUGAAGCCCCAGUUGACACCACCCACCAGUGAUAACAGCCGCUCUCCCACCUCAGCCCCGCCCCUGUCCCCCUCCUCGGGGUCUCAGGGAGUCAAGAGACCUCACGAAGAGGUACUUGACCCCACUGCCAAGAGACCCCGUGGAGGACGCUGGAAUGUUUCGUCCAGGUCCGUCAGGAAAAACAAUGCCUCUGUUCCUGGCAAUGAGGUUAAGUCAGCACCUCAGCCAGACCCCUGGAUGUCCAGCAAACCAAAGUCCACGCCGAGCUCCGUCCCAGAGCACCGGCAGGAGGCAAGAAAUGGCCGCCAUAAUAACCACCAUCGCAGCCACCGGGACAACAGCAGCCAUGGCACCCUCACCAACGGCACCACCACCACCUCCACCCUAGCUCCCACCGCCUCCACCACCACCACCACCUCCUCUGGCAUCACCACCACCAUGAGUCCAGCCAGGAAGCCUUCCUCCACAUCUCCCCUCAACCAGGGCUCUUCUCCUCGCUCCCACCACCACCUCAACGGUCUCCAUUCUAAUCACAACCACCACAACCAUUCCUCAGGUAGCCACUCCCCAAUCAAUGGGGUCACCAAUGGCCUCACUAAUGGCCAUGCCAACCAUCACUCCAGGACCAAUGGCCAUGCAACACCCCCCAGCUCCUCCCCAGACAGCCUCAGUGGAGAUGACUCACCCCCAGCUUACUUAAGAAACUACACAACCAUAGUCUCGGCUGACCAGAGGAGCCGGUAUAAGGCAGAGUUCAAUCGUCAGUACCAAGAGUAUCUGAAGCUACACAGUUUUAAUGAGGAGCGAUCCAGAUCCUUUACUGACUUGGAGGAGCAGCUCAAGAAUGAACCUCGUGGGUCUGAUGAGUAUAAUACUAUACGAGCCCGGAUCCUCAUGCAGUACGAGGCCGCUCAGCAAGAUCAUGAAUACCAGAGAAAAAGGAAGAGGUAUAACUAUCUGCAUGAGAAGCUUACUCACAUCAAGAGGCUGGUCAGAGAUUAUGAUUCCAACACCCUCUCCUAGCACUGGUCCCCCAGCCCUGCCCCAGCCAGCAUCCGGCCCUCUGGCCCCACACAGUCCUGGAGGGGGGGAGGGACUUGAAGUGUAGACCAAACUGUGCCUCAGCCUUCAUCCAAGGUACCAUUCAUGGCAAAAGAGGAAGAUAAUAAGUUCUUGGCCAAAUCUUGACUUCCAGUGAUACAGCAUAAAGGUUAAGGAAGAGUUUAAGAAACAAAGCUGAGAACACUGCUGGUCAGCUGUGUGCUGUGCACCGGGAGCCAUGUGUGACAGUGAAGUUGGAGCUACACAAGAUGAGCCUCCUUUCUGAGUUUCAUUUUAACCCAUGCUCCUGAAAAAAAAAAAUGGGUUGGGCAUGGGAAUGUAGACUGUGGCCAAUUAAAACAAAUUUUUAUGCGUGUGUGUGUGCGAGUGCCUGUGUGUCUGUGUGUCUGUGCAGAAGCCAGCAUUUGGUGUAUACAAGCCAGUUGCUAGCACCUGGUGUGUUCUAAGACCCCCUUUCCCAGACUUCAAGCUGUGUUCUGGCUCCCUCCCCUCCCUUAAAUACCUUUUCCCUCCCUGAACUCCUCCCAUACGUGACCAGAAACUAUGUUGUGGGGGUAGCAAGCAGAGGUCGGCCUCAUUGGGGUGGGAGAUGGACCACCAGGAGGCCAGCCAAGAGCCAGUGUCAUGCUGUGUAUUGAGAAGAGAAUCUGCAAAGAUAUGAUUCUUUUACACCCAACACUGAUGCCAGACCUGCCAAUAUUGUAUAAAGUGAACAUUGGAUGUUACAUAUAUUGUAUAAAGUAUAAAAGUAUUCUAUUUUAGUAGAGUACUGAGUCAACUGCAGACAAGAGUAGUCCCCCAAUAACUUUGUAUGAGUGUAUAUUUUUUAUCAUUCCAUGAGAAUAUGCCCAGACAUGUAGGCUAUAAUUCAACUUGAUUGGUUGCAGAACAGUGUCAGGUGGAAAUGUUGUUUCAUGCCUGACCCUAAGAUAAAAUACAUUGUGAUAUUUUACAGUACUGUCAGUACUGAGCCUACAGCAUGGUGGGAGGUGUUCCUUGUCUCACCUGCAGAGGCUCUCUUGGGCUAUAGCUGCUCGCUCAAUGGGCCAAGCCUUGAACACAAGGCUUGUUCUGCCAUCCCUGACAAAAUAUAAAAAAUCAGCCUUUUUGCCAGUUACAUGCUCACUUGCCCGUGUGGGGGAGUGGGGAAACUAUCUACUUGAACACAUUGACAAUAGUAUGACUUGACUGUUUGACUGACUGUAUGACAACAGAGAAUUUGAGGAUAUGCAAAAGAUAAAAAGUAAUGAUAAGACUAAAUUCCUGUUAAAGGAAUAAAGUUUAAAGUAAAGUGCCACCAGGAGGAAUUUCAACCAUUGACACUUUUGUGUAGUUAUUUUUAUAAUGUUAACCUCAUAGUGUGCAAUGGGGAUAUAGAAAUUCGUAUUGCACAAAGAAAUAGAAGUUAAUAAGUUGAAUCAUUAAUUAGUUUGUACAAUUUUUUAACUAUUUAAGCAGAAUGAAACUGAUGCUGCUCAUUAACAAUCUAGUUUUUAGUAGACAGUUUUGUUAUCUAAAUUUUUAAGAAAGUUAUUAUUCCCUAAUAUGAAAUGAUAUAUAUAUAUAUAUAUAUAUAUAUAUAUAUAUAUAUAUAUAUAUAUAUAUAUAUAUAUAUAUAUAUAUAUAUAUAUAUAUAUAUAUAUAUAUAUAUAUAUAUAUAUAUAUAUAAUGAGUCUGUUUUUAGGGAUGUGUCAAGAUGUGUAAGUGGUGACUUACAAGUCAGUGUUGUGGUGCUCUGUGGUGCAGACCGUUAGCCAGCCUGCCACCCAUCUCUGCUGUCUCAUAUCAAAAGUCCCUUCUUGCAGAUGUUUAUAGGUUAUAUUUGCACACUUACAAGUAGCCUUGCUCACACUGAACUGCCUCUUGGUUUACUAAACCAGUAUUUUAUUCUGAUGGAGAUAGUUAAUUUUAUUAAUGUAAAUUCAAAUUUACACAAAAGUUUGUUUCUUAUGUAAUAUAGAUUUGAUACAUAGCAUAACAUCACAAGACACCAGUUUUUCUCAUAUAUUUGUAAUUUAAUUCAGAGGGAGAGAAAUUACUUUUCUCAUUCUGAAGGUUUAGAGGCAAUUCCUAAGCCUUCUUCAAUUCUCAACAAAAUCUGUCAUAAAAUGGACAUCCUAAAAAGCACAAAUAAUUUGUAAAGAACAGGUAACAAAGUAGAGUCAGGGAGACACUAACUGCUUGACUCUCAUAAAGCAUAUUUAUAAUCUCACAGUUCUGAAAAUUCCAUUGAAAAGAGAUUUUUAUAAAAUAAGUAAAAAUGACCAAGAGAUUAUGUACUUAUAGUUUAUCAAGGACUGAAAGUUAGGGUGGAAGGCUCAACAGUGCAGUGUCCAAGUCAAUGUUUUCACCUGUUCGUGUUGGCUCAUUUCUCUUUCAUCAAAUAUUUGCUCAUUGGCUAAAAUGGCUUAUUAAUUAUAAACAUUUAAAACAAAAUGUUCUCAUAUUUAAAUAAUGUUUUGUUAUUGGAGAGAGGAAAUGAUGUGUGUCUUGGCACCACUCACUCAUGUGUUCACAGCUGUGGCUGAAUAGUCGUGAGACAAUUCACUCUGGUACUCUCUGAGGCUUGGGAUCACAAAGCUCUAGCUUUAUUUCAUCUUACUUCGAAGCUUUGUGCAUGCAAUAUAUUUGACAUCACAUAGCCAGUUUCAUUGUCACAAUUUUAGUUUUUAAUAAUGCAUAACCAAGAACACUGAAUUGUUAUCAAUUCUGCCUCAUUGAUAUUUAACAGAACCUCAUGUGCAUGUAAUCAGUUUGAUUGUUUAUGUUGAGUUAUCCAUUUCUUCCUGUCUUGUGGGUUAGCUAAAGAAGUUAUCAUUGAUAUUGCCAGGUUUUGUUAGAUUUGCCACACUAGUACUAAUAUAUACUUUGAUUUUAUUCGUACUUAUAGCUAACUUUAAUAUUGUUGUCUUAUUCUAUGAAAAGGCAUCAAUAGUUCAUCAUAUACUAGUCACACUUUUGCUGUGGAGAGAAUCAGUCUGCUCACAGUUAGUAGGUCUCUGUGCCCUUAGCUGAAACACAAAACUGACCUUGGCCUGUGGUCACAUCCUGGGAGUGGCCAAAGCUUACAUAGACUAAAAGACCUGUUCAGUAUUUUUGGUGAUAAAAAGAGCUGUUGUGGUUCCUCCUUUUAGUGAUCUUGCCUGUGAAGGAACUAGGAUGUUUAGCGUCACACUGUGUUGGACAAAACUGGACUCCUAUAUUUAUUUGCUCAGUAGAACAAUAAAGGAAAUGUGUGUUGACUGACUCUUCUGACCUCUGACAAGACUAGUGACCUCAGAUCUGUUGACAAAGACCUCUAAUGCCUACCCAUUUUAAGGUGCCAUAUACAGUAAUUCUAGACUUAACACAGGACCUCAGACUAAAGUGUCUUGCUGACACAUUUCUAAAGAUUUUUUGGGGAGGGGUAAAUUUCCUGUUCUUAUCCCAUGAAAAGAUGCUAAAACUGUGAAAGUGGUAUGCUUUUUCAACCAUAGUUGAGAUAGUUUAGAAAGACUGUCAAGGGCUGAGCAAAGUGUGCACAAAGGACUGCUGUGUCCAUAAGGCUGGUGUCAUCAUGCUGUACACCACACAUGCUCUCCCACCAGAGUUGAGGUGUUGGAUCUUUUUGUGUCCAGGUCAUCAUGUAAAUAUCAAUACUAUUGUAAUUUUAUUGUAAGGUGAACAUUCAUGUGUUGAAGACAACUUUUUUUUUUUCAUAGAUACACAGGUACCAAAGUAUAAAUAUAUAGAAUAAAAAUGGAAAAGUUUUGCUCAAGUUCAUAGAUUAGCUAUGUGAGGGGGCACUUGUCAGAGUAUUGUAUGUCACUAGAUUGAGAGCUCUUAAUUUUGUGUAGCCCAUGCUCAUGUACUGAAAAGAGAGCACUCCUCAUGCACCGUGACUCGGUGAGCGAAAGCAAACAUUGUUGAAGGUGUUGGAAGCAAAAGUGUUGUAACAGCAUAUUGACAACAGCCUGAAGUCUGAGGUGGAUCUCAGAGUGUGCUGUGGGACUGAUAGAGAACACUCCAGCAUUGACUGACUCAUGAUCGCGUCUGGCAGAGGAAAUCUGCCUCGAUGAUACUUGACAUUCACUAAUAACUCAGCAGAGUGCCUCUGAUGAAGGCCUGAGUGCUAAGUUCUUUUCCUUUCAUAAAAUGAAUUCCUGUGUGACUCUUCAAUGUUAAGGUUAAUGGAACCCAAUGACAGUAGUCCUGCUCAGUGGCGAGUGACGGCAGCCAUCACAGUAGUACCAGUGAGGUCCCAUAAUUAAAUUAAAAUCUUGUUCACUAUUUAUUUUUACUUGCAUCAAAGCUCUUGUUGACUUCAGUGUUAUAUUGGAAGAUAUUUUGAUCCAUUUCAUCAAGCUUUGACCAAUCAUUCUGGAGUUCCUUUAACUCAAUGCUCUAGAAAAUGUGCCUUUGUGAUGGAGGCAUUCCCCCAUUUUUUUCUUCCCCAGGAUAAUAAUGAACAGAAUGAUAUAUAUUGUCCAUAAUGUAAUAUAAUGGUUGUACAGAGUGUGGGUCCAGGCCCGCACGACACACCGAGCGUCCCAGUGUUGACGACCGCUGCCCGGCCAGGCCUCUCCAUGCUUCCACUAUUCCUGUACAGUUUUCUUUAGCUUAUUAUUAUUGUUACUGUAAUUAUUAUUGCUUUAAUUUAUAUGCAAACAUUGUAGGGGUUAAUAUUCAGAAAGUGGGGUAUUGGUGUGAAAGAAAUAGAAAAAAAAUUAAAUAAAAAGUAACAUUAUAUCAAAAUACCAAAAAAUAAGUUCUGCACAUUGCAGCUCGCUGUCCCUGCUAUGAUGCCUACUAGCAAAUAGUGUUGUCACAUAUAUGGGUCAUGAUACUUAUACAGCAGCAUCACCAGUGGCUACACAAACACUACAGUAUUAUUAUUGUCCAAGUUGCUAGUGCUUGGAGGCCCCUGCUCACCAGCCCUACCUACCUCAUAGCUUUGUUUUCAAAGAAACUAAUUUUAUAUUAAAUUAAUUAUUUUGGUUUGCCUUGAACUAAACAUGAAUUUAAUUUUGAGUUUAGCUUUGAUGGUGUGUAAAAGUGCUGGUGGCCAGGGGAGGCUCACUCCAUGCUGCUGGCAACACUCUACCAACUGGUGUUUGACAGAUAAUCAAAGGAAAGAUCUUAGCAACAUGGAUCUCUGAGUUGGUGUCUGAAACUACUUGUGUAAAUGAUUUUUUUUUUUUUUUUUUUUUUUUUUUUUUUUCCCUCAGUUUUGACACUUCUAUUUUACUUAGGAAAAUUGUAUAAUUUUCAUGAAGUGAAAGGAGAAUGGUUGUGUUAGCAAUUACAUACUAUGUCAAUUUUCUUUAGUGACUGCAGAAAUAUGUGCAUAAUGCAAGGACUGUUCCUUGAUCAGACAGUGUCAGUUGUGUCCAAUGAGGGGAGUCUCAGCGGUCCAUGUUUUUUCUGGUGCAGGAAGCUGUGGUAGACCACUGUCCAUGUGCUGCAGGUCCCACCUGUGUCCAAAACUUAAGAACUACCGACCAUAUGUUCUCGUCCAAAAGUAAGAUUUCUUCAUUCAGCAAAUUUUCCUUGUUUACUAGCUGAUGGAAGAGCAGUAUUUCUAAGUUGAGAAACAGUGGACAAGAUGUGUCUGUGGCUAGAAGUGUGCCAGACUGUGGCCCUUGUCACCUCCCAGACACACUGUCACGUGAGAGCUAGUGUUGGUGCCAAACUGCUCGUGGACAAAGGUGAUGGUGAAGGCCAAUCAAUAACACAAAUCCUCUUUUGAGUGUUUUGUUGUAUGGAUUUUGAAGUUUGCAGUCCCAUGAAGUUUUACAUAUGAUUAGCUAAAAUUUAAUAGUUACUCGGCAACAAUCUCAUACAUGUAUUAAUUAAAGAUCAUCAAACACUGCCAAAUACUGCAGAUGCCAUUUUAAUAAUUCUAAUAAGACCAGUUGUCUAUGCAAAAUUAGAGAGUGAUGCAGUUUUACCACAAGCAGUGCCUCGUCCAGUGUUUUCUCAGUGGUGUGUGACUGAUGCCUCCUGCCUGAGGCGCAUCACAUGGUGAAGAAUUGGAAAACUCUGCAAAGAUGAUGAUAAUACUUGUGACGACUAGUGCUUGGCAUUUAUCUGUAAGUUUUUGCCCAUAUGUAUACCCUGUGAUAUUUCUUUACAAAGGGUUCCUGUGUUUUUUUUUCCUUUUUUUUUAUCAUGAACCAUUUUGUAAUCCUGUGAUUGUCCUGGGCAGGAACCCCGACCCAGAGUUACAGUCUGUGCCGCGCUGACCCAGGCGGGGCCUCACCUGGGCAGGGCCGCCCAGAGCUACAACUUCUGCUAGGAGUGGUGUACACAAGAAAAUGAUAAAUAAAAAAGUAUCAUUAUUGCAUGCAGCAAAAAUGUGUGUUGUUAUCCUACUGAGGGUGAGGGUAACCCAUCCCUACAAGUGUGUGUUCUCCCAUAGUAAGGGAGUUUAUAGCUCGGUGCUCAUCUCGGUUUCAUCGGCCCUUGAAUAUGUGAGGAGUAAGAACCUAUUACCCGGGACACAUGGCAAGCAUGCCACCUGGAUCACCACAUUAUACCUGUCCGAGGAUUCCCCAGGUUCACAUUUAUCCACCAGCCCGAAAGGGAUGAUGAACAACUGGGUGAGUUGCCUUUUUUUAUCCAUUAGAAUUACUCUUAUUGACCUCCAUUUCUCUUUGGGAACUUUUCGGCUUCAAAGGUUUCGUCAAAAGCUCUAUCCUAGUCCUUUACGUCUUUUUUUUAUAUUUUUUUUAUUUACAGCUAGCCUGAGGAAUUGGUUUGAAUCAAUUGUCAAUAACUUUUGUAUUAUCAUCGUAUGAUGUCGAAUCGCUGCCCGGAUGCUCGAAAGAGGUUCAGACCACGUGCUCAUUAGGCUGUUGCCACGUCUAUGCAGAUGAGAAAAUAAUUGAGGAGUUUCAUCUGUUUUAUUCAGUAUCACAAAAGAUCAUCGUUCUUCGUAGCACUUACAAUCACAACCAUAAGAUAAUUAACAUUUAACACUUAAAGAAGCAUUUAAGAUUUAAGUGACUGGUGAACCGUGGCAUAUAUUUCACCUUCCUUUUCUCUUCCAUCUUACGAGUCAGUGAAAAGAGUAGGAGUCAGGAAGGAAGAGGUAACAGUAGUCACGUAGAUUUUUGUGCAAGAUGAUGUCGACUUAGUGAAAUAUUGCCAUACGGGUGACGAUCCUAAGGACAUGGAGUUGCCGGAGCUGACGUGGCAGUGGUCACAGAUAGCUGCAAAAUCAACGAAGAAGAAAAUGAGGUAACGUGGAGGGCGUCCCUUCCCAGCUGCCUCGCCUCUCGCCGUUCACCUUCCCUUACAAAAUCUCAGAGCAAGAAUGGUUUCAAAAAGGAUGAAUUAUUGUGAAAAGUUAACAAGGCGACGGCGCGAGGAAACGAACGAGCAGUUGAAGCGAAUCCAUGCAGCGAGUCGAGGUUCCGAAGAGUGUGCGAGCCGAGGUUUCGUCUUUCUCUCGGUGUAGCGGCAUCCAUCACUCUCACCCCGUCCACUGUAAAGCUGUGAACAACGGCCCGGCUAAGGUGUGGGCGACGAGGGUAUCCAUACACCUCCUGAAAUUGACUUCUCUUUUUGGCCACUCCUCUACUCUAUUCAGCAUUACAGGUUGAUGGCAGCAGUCUCGUGGGCUUCCUGUUUGGGUUCAUGAAUGUGUGUUGACGUUCCCGUGCGCUCGCUUCACCACUACCAUCAUCACCACGUCUCAACAGUACAUGUACGCAACUAUCUCUCCAGAACUGUAGUGUGUCAGACUCGGCGAUUAAGCAGAGUUGCAAGAUUGAUGAGCUUCCUUGUUAUAAGUCCGUGGACCCCUUGUUUUGAUUUUUUUUUUUUAUAAUUUUUUUUUUUGUGGCAAGCUCUAGGGGCUUUCUCCGGAGGGUCUCCGAAGUAUCUAUAAUACCCAUGUAGAAAGAUUAAAAAAAGCUUACAAACUUGUAUGUUAUAUAAUUAUAGAUAAGGAGUACAUAGAAUCAUCGAAGCAAUCAAUUUAAUAGGUACUUACAAUGCAUGUAAAUAUCUUGCACCUUACACUAUUCAUGAAGUAUAUGUAUGCAAAACUGAAGUUCUGUAAGAUAUUGUAACUUUUACAAGACAAUGUCUAAAACAGUAUCUUGUCAUUAAACGUUAUAAUCUGU